AUGGAGGCCUUCUGUGACUGGCUGCUUCGUGCCAUGCCGCAUGUCCCUUUCUCGGUUGAGAACCCGUUGCAUAGCUACCUCUGGCAGCUUCCGAAGUGGGCCGCGCUGGUUUCAAAGCACUCCUUCGUCACAUUUGACUCGUGCCGCCACGGGUCACAACGCAAGAAGGCCACGGCCCUUCUCACAAACUCCGAGCUUUUGCGCUGCCUUUCAGGACCCUGUCCAGGUUGCUCCUCGCAUCUGCCAUGGGGCAAGCAGGGCCGCUCUUUUGCCACUGCUGAAGAGACAGGCUAUCCCAAGCUUCUUUGCGAAAGGAUCGUUUCAUGCGUGGAUAAGUCAGCCGCAUCACGAGGCAUUGCGCCAGAACGCCUAAGUGUUUCCAAGGUCUCUGCUGCACGCGCCGCAGGUCAGGUGCAACCUCGUGGCCGAAAGUUCCCGCCGAUCAUUUCUGAAUUUGCUUACACCGUAUCGGUUGGCAGUGCUGAGGCUCCCACUCUCAAUUCCAAGCAUUGCCUUUCGACUGCCUGGCGUGGCGUCCCUGCAGGUGCCAAGCUCCUCCGGGAGUCAGUUGAGCGGGGAGGUUCGCGACUCCCAGAGGGCAAGAAGUUCUACAUUUUCGGCGUGUAUCGAUCAAUGCAAGCUUUCUUGAACGAGGCAAAGUUAGUUGUGCAUCCCUUUGAUUCCGCCAGAUCACUUCCAGAUGAACUUUUGCGAGUCUUGUUCGACACCCUUACGAAGAGCCCGGCCGACACGAUGAGGCAUCGCCUUCUGAAGCUACAGCAUUGGCGUGCCCUCGCCAAGCAGCUUGAGCCCGAGGAGGAGAAAAUCAGGGAAACUCUUCUUGAAAAGGUCAGGGCUCAGAAGGACCAUGAUUAUGCCGAGGAGCUCUGGAACAUGACGCUUGAGGAGUCAAACAGAUCCGGGAAGUGCUGGCUUGACGGCCCGAUCGAUGUUGACUCUUUGGGGGACACCUUCCCCGAAGGCUGGAACGCCUGCCGGCGUUUCGCAGUCUGGCAGGGCAAAUGGCGUGCCAUCGAUGACUUCUCGGAAGCUGCGGUGAACUCUUGCUUCGGAUGCUUUGAACGUGACCCUGACCGCGUCCGUCCUCACUGCAAGACUUAUGACCUCCAGGCGGUGUACAAGCAACUUGCAUUGCACCCAGGCGAGAGGCCGAAAUCCAUUAUCCUGCUCAGGGAGCCCGGCUCCCGCGCCGUCAAAGCCUUUGUGUGCAACACUCUUCCUUUCGGGGCUUCGGCUUCAGUCAUGCAGUUUAACCGGGUGGCAUUGUUUCUGCAAAGGGUUCUUUGGGAUUUGAGGGUAGCUGUGACUUGCUACUGCGACGAUUUCCCGACCAUGACACCCUCGUUCUUGUCGGGCGGGACGGACAAUGCAGUUCAUGCCCUCAUGGACUUGUUCGGCUUCUCCUUGUCCGAGAAAGAGAAGCCGUUCUCUUGCACUGCAGAAACUUUGGGUGUUAUGCUUGAUACGUCGGAUCCCGACAUGGGGCGCAUCUUCGUAUCGAACAAGCCUGAACGGGCUGCCAUGCUCGAGGAGUCCAUAGGCCGCAUCCUUGAACAAGGACACGAGGGAGUUGCCCUCCCUUCUUGGCAAACUUCGCUUUGCAGAUGCUCAGCUGCUCGGCCGCACGGGGCGUUUGGCCCUGGCUGA